AUGAACAUGAUCGCACACGUCGCAACAAAUCCACACCAGGCAUCACCUAUACGACACAGAUCUACUGGAAAAAUUACAAGGUGGCAUAAAUUCGUAAGUUUCAUCACCUCAGCAUCAAUCGAAAAUCAGCACGUUGUCUACAUGGAAGUGUGCUGGACCUAUAAGCUGGAUGCUACCCCAGAAGCUGCAGGGCCCCGGUUUUUCAAACAGGUUUCUGGAAAAUUAUAUAACAUCAACUACAUAAGCAGACAAUACCGGAUAAAAGCAACUGCAGCGUCCGUUUUUUUGAAGUUAUACUAA